CCAAGAAAAUAGCCAACCACCGCUUGGGCUGCUGUCUUACGCUUUAACAGAGCAGGGAACACAUCCCGGACCGUUCAGACACGAUGGGUACCAGACUGAGAACACUUAUUUACACUUUUAUAUUUGCAUCAUGGGUGAUCUUAGCCUCAGGGACACAUUACUACCAAAAGUCUCUGCUCACAAAAGAGGAUCUACUACCUAUGGAAGAAGUGCAUUUGGAGACAAAGAAGUCAAAGAGACAGAUAGAAUUCACUACUGAAAAUGAUGAAGCCAGUGCUGUCUUGCCUGCCGACACCCCGGAAAACUCUGUGCCAAGCCCUGGUGAGGGGGAUGCUUCCGACCUUCCUACCUGCCUGCUGUGUGUGUGCUUGACUGGAUCAGUGUACUGUGAGGAAGUUGAUCCUGAUAUGAUAUCAGUGCCAGCUCUUCCCAAAGAGACAGCCUAUCUUUAUGCGCGUUACAACAAGAUAAAGAAGAUAACCCAAAAAGAUUUUGGCGAUAUCGUUACUCUGAAAAGAAUCGACCUGACUGGAAACCUUAUUUCUGAGAUUGAGGACGGGGCCUUCUCAAAGCUCACGCUGUUGGAGGAACUCACCCUUGCUGAGAAUCAGCUGGUGAGGCUCCCGAUGUUACCACCCAAGCUAACCUCCUUCAACGCCAAUCACAACCUCCUCAAGACCAAAGGAGUCAAGGCGAAUGCUUUCAAGAAACUGACCAAACUCAGAAAUCUUUAUCUCGCGCACAAUCAGUUGGAGGCAGUUCCAGUGAUUCCAGAGAGCGUGUCUAUACUUCACCUUCAGAACAACAACAUUUCAACUGUUACUGUCGACACCUUCUGCAAAAGCAACGACACCUACUACAUUCGCCCCAACAUGAAUGAGAUCAGGAUGGAUGGGAACCCUGUCGUCCUUGCACAGUACCCCAACAGCUUCACGUGUCUCCAGUCUUUGCCAAUUGGACGGUACCAAUGAAAAUGUGUCAUACAGACAUAAACUAAAAUUAAACAUGGUCUCUGAAAAAUUAGUCUCUGAAAAUGCCUCAAAUGCCUACGAAUAUGGACUGAAGGUUGGUUCAUAUCCAGUUUGCCAUAAUGAAGCAAAAGCAGGGUACGUGAAACGUUUUUCGACAACUUGAUUACCAUAUUACGUAAGUGUCAAAACUGUCUCUUGAGCUCCCUGGCUUUCUAUUAUUACUGUUGUAAAUGGAAGUUAAACAAAGUAUAUCCAGUGUGUAUAUAACCCUUCCAAAGAAAGCUGCUGCAUAGUACAUUCAUGGCUUCCAUACCAGCUGGACUCAAACUUCCAGCAUUCCUCUGAAUUAUGUGAAUCACUUUCAUUUGUACUGUUCGAGAAGUCUUACUCUGGUUGAAAUUAAGAAACUUACUAAGUUAAGUAAGAAUGAAAAGUGAAGCAUUUACCCUAUAUGUGCUUCUACGAGGAUCUAUCAGUCUAUCCUGAUAACUGUCUUUGAAUUUUCUGAUAACUAUUUAUGUGAUGCAAUAGUGAUUACUACCUAUGUGUGAAUCAUCAAGUAGGCUGUACAGUAAUGCAUUAUAUUAAAUCCCUAUGCUAUGUCUUCUGUAGUUAUUUUAAUAAAUCUUAAGGUUUUU